CCUCCGCGUCAGAGAAGUGUGAUUGGAUUUUGAUCACCCAAAAAAGAGCCAGAGUCGUAGAGACGAGUAGUUGGAGGUCAAGCCACACGUGCGAGUUCAAAGCCUCUGAAAGUUAGGGGUGACCGGAUGUGAAGCUUCGCUACCAGACGAGACAGAGUCGGACAAACAGUCAGCUAACCCAUACCCAGUUACCCACUGAGGUUUUCUUUGUCUUGGGUCGUUUAAAUUAGGGUUUGUUACAGAAGUAGAAGAAGAAGAAAUAAGAUGGCAGUGUUGUCCACGGAUAGACUUCCUCUAGGGUUCCGAUUCAGGCCGACUGACGAGGAGCUCAUAAACCACUAUCUGAGGCUCAAGAUCAACGGUCGUGAUUCCGAGGUCGAGGUCAUACCUGAAGUUGAUGUCUGCAAAUGGGAGCCCUGGGACUUACCUGGGCUUUCGGUGAUAAAGACGGAGGAUCCGGAGUGGUUCUUCUUCUGCCCACGAGACCGGAAGUAUCCGAAUGGGCACCGUUCAAACAGGGCUACUGAUGCUGGCUACUGGAAGGCUACCGGGAAGGACCGCACUAUCAAGUCUCGGAGACCUAAUCAAAGCCUGAUUGGGAUGAAGAAGACUUUGGUUUUCUACAGAGGUCGUGCCCCCAAAGGUCAGCGUACCCAUUGGAUCAUGCACGAGUAUCGGCCCACCCUGAAGGAGCUAGAUGGAACCGCUGUCGGCCAGAGUGCCUUUGUUCUCUGUCGAUUGUUCCGAAAGCCUGAGGAGAAAAUUGAGGGUCAAAAGUAUGAUGAGGUGGAGCAUAGUGGAUCAUCUCCUACUACAAGCAAAUCCUCACCUGACGACACAUCAUCGGAUCUUGUUCAAGAAGCAGAAACAUCCUCAAUGCAGGAAGGAAAGGAGACAAAAGGAACAGAGAAGCAGUUUGAGCAGUCGAACAACAAGGCUCCUAACGCUCUACUACCUGUUCAGAGCCGCUCCAAUAGUCAUAUGACUUCUGACAGUGAAGAUCAUCUAACAGUUAUGACUCCAAUGAAUGAAUAUACGCCGCUCCAUGAAAACUCAGAUAUGUACAAUCCCAUGUAUGACCAAAUUGAUUGCAAAGUUUUUUCCCCCAUGCAGUCGCAAAUUCUAGCAGAGUUGGCACCGCCCUACAUGGAUUUGCCCUAUGCCAGUGAUUUUGGCCAUGAUCACAAUGGGUUGCAAUUUCAGAAUGGUACUUGUGAAGAAGAUGUAUCCUUCAGUGAUUUAUUUGAUGGCAUCUUUACUAACAAUGAUGAGUGUUCUGGUGAAGAGUCAACAAGUAGGAAGAACUCAGUUGUUAAUGGUGGUACUCAGUUGCCUGGUCAUGCAUGUGUCUUGGAGACCAUACCACCUGAAUAUUCAUAUAAUAAGGGCAAUGAUAUUUACGGCCACACCAACACAGAAAUGUCCAGCUUACAGCAUGAUCCAGGGAUGGGGGCACCCAGGAGCUAUAAUGAGGUUUUAGAUAGCAAGGAAUUGCUCCAGAUUCCAGCUUCUGUAUCUUGGCCGUUCCUUGGCAAGGAAAGUAGAAGUGACGUGGGUAACCUAGAGAAUAUUUAUGUCGGGCAAUAUUCUUCAUCUACGUAUUCCGCCAUGGGUUCAUUCUAUGAUAGAUGCAACAAUCUGGAUGGAUCAAUUAGGCCAAACAAUCCUCUGGAGUAUGGCAGUAAUGCUAGUGGAACUGGAAUCAAAAUCAGAAACCGCCAGCCUCAGCAGCAACCUAAUCCAAACAAUUUUGGGACUCAGGGAACUGCUCCUAGGAGAAUUCGUCUACAGAUGGAAAAUUCACUUGGGUCAAUUGGCAAUUGCGAGGCCAGUGAAACUGCCAAACAGACUGCCAUGCCUGAGAAGUCCGUGGAUGGGAAAACUACUGAUGUUGGUGAUACAAGAAUCAAAAUUAGGACUCGCGGGCUUCGACACCGGCAAAUUUCAGAAAACUCUAUUACUCAUAGGGACCCUUCAAGAAGGGUACAGUCAAAGACAAAUUAUUCUUCACCUGAGACAGUUGACAAUGGCAAGAUUGGAAAUGCAAGCUGUGGAGAAGACGAAGAUGGUGUGCGGUCAGUGCUCACAGAGGCCACUGCAGAGCCUGGCUCGACCCUCCAGUCAGAAAAUGAGACCCAGCUGCGCAAAAUCAAAAGCAGCUACAAGGAAACCGCUGACGAAUUGUCUGGAAAACUGAGGUCAAGGGCGAGCCAGUAUGAUGAUUAUUGUGGGAGGCAGCAAAUAGAGUCUCCUUCAUAUAUGAAGGCACCAUCCCCCAUAUUCCAUGGCCGAAGUUCCUCGAGAGUCUACAGUGGCAGUAUUUUCUUGGUGGUAGUUAUUUCUAUGAUUUCUUUUGGGUUAUGGAUGUAUGGUAGAUGACGGAUUGCGUUAUCUCAUCAGAUAGCAGGGUCUAGUGUAGAUUGUAUUUGCAUAUCCAUGCAUGCAUAUAUAUAUAUAUAUAUAUUGGAUAGGUUAAGUGGAUAUCCUGUAACAUGCCGAAACUCGGCCUGUUUCUCCCUCUGUGUAUCCCUGUUCCCAUGUUGUAUUAAUAAUGGAAAUAUCAUAAGGAGAUUAUAUGUAUAGCUUGUAUUUGUCUUUCAAAA